AUCCAAAACUUGCUAACCUCAGUACAGGAAAUGUGUUCACGAUACCUUUGCCUCGCAAGAUAUGCAGAAAAGCACACUCACACAUGCAAGAGGCUUCAUUUUACAGGAAAUUUGCUGAAGGCAAAUGUACAGAAAGAGUGUGAAAUUUAUUACACUUGCCUCCAUGAACACAUAAGUCUCAACAUCUCAACAACAAGAGUGACAGCAAUUUGUCGUAAUGACUGAAUCUUAUAACGACAGGAUGGAAACAACAUAUGAUUACUACGAAGUGGAAAGCCCAUGCAGUAUUGAUAAUUCACACCAGAGUUCAAGCAUCAAGGCAGCCAUUUUCUACAUAGUUUUUGUGCUUGGCCUUGUUGGCAACAUCACCGUCUUAUGGGUCCUCUUGAAAAAAAUGCAUGUUAAAAAUAUGACAAAUCUCUGCCUGCUAAAUCUGGCCCUGUCAGACCUACUAAUGGUUCUCUCACUGCCCUCCUGGGCUCUCUAUGCUCAGGGCCACUUCUUAAAAGCCAACGAAAUGUGUAAGGCUAUGGCAGGUACAUACCAAGUGGGAUUUUACAGUGGGAUCUUAUUCGUGACCCUGAUGAGCGUGGAUCGCUAUCUGGUCAUCGUACAUGCCGUUGCGGUGUUGGGAGCAAAGACGCUGCGUUAUGGAAUUGUGGCGAGUCUCAUUAUAUGGAUGGUUUCGAUCUGUGCCGCCCUUCCAGAGGCCAUCUUUGCAGCAAUGGUCACAGAGGACAAGAUCACCAGCUGUCAGCGAGUUUAUCCUGCUGGGUCGGCCCAGAAGUGGAAGCUUUUCCGUAACUUUGGUGAAAAUGCAGUUGGACUGUUCAUCUCUUUGCCCAUUAUAACCUACUGCUACAUCAGAGUCCUAAAGGUUGUGAAGAAGACAAAAAACUCAAAAAAGGAUCGGGCAAUAAAGCUCAUCUUAGGCAUUGUCAUUGUGUUUGUGGUUUUCUGGGUGCCUUACAACGUGGUGGUGUUUCUGAAAACCUUGCAGGAAUUUGGCAUGCUAUCUAGCUGUAAUGCUGUUGGUAAUGUCAACAUAGCCAUGGGGUGGACAGAGACAAUCGCGCUCACACACUGCUCUGUAAAUCCGGUGAUUUAUGCUUUUGUUGGAGAAAAGUUCAGGAAAUGCCUUAUAAGUGUGUUUUCAAGAUAUCUUCUAUGUGCGAAGACCUACCAGUCAACAUCUACGCAAUCAAAAGUUUCAGAGAAUGAAACUUCCAACACAGCAAUUUUUUUUACAUCUCCCACCAAAACUACACAAGUUUAAAGUUUUUUUUUUUAAUGCAAUAAGAUCAAUGAUAUUGUUUCUGAAUAUUUUAGUGCUGUUUCUUUGUUUUGUAAAUAUUGUGCUUAUCAUUUAAUCUUGCUUUGUUUUUGUAAAUAUAAAUAUGUUAAUCUCCAUACAUGCAUUUCACUAUUUGUAGAUUUAAUUAUGUUAAUAUCAUAUAAAUUAUUCUACCUCAAUUAAUGAAAACAAUCGUCAUUGUUAAAAAAUAAAAACAAAAAAAAUAAAGUAAUAAACUAGUGCCUGUAUUUCAUGCUGGCUUCAGAAUUAACUGAUGCAUUAAAUGUAAUUAAUUUACAAAUAAUUUCAUAUUUGCCAAAGUAUGUGUCACCUACAAACGUCUGUUCCUCAAUAUCUCUAAACUCUCAUGACGUGACCUGCUUCACUGGUUCUGUACAGCAGUCAAUACCACAGGAAAAGAAACAACAUCCUCAACCACACACACACACCCCUUGAAGGCAAAACCAAACAAAAAAAAAAACAUGUCCCCUCACAUAGGCUAAAAGAGGAUGUGUGAGAGCAGUGUUAAUAUAUGGAGGAACUUUAUUCUGAAUGCAGUCUAUACUGGAUUGAUGUCUGUAAAUGUUGUAUAUUCCUAAUGUCUGUGUUACAUUUUUUUGCCUAAACUACUUACACACCGAUAAAUGUAUCAAGAUGUUUAUCAAUAUGUAAAUAAAUAAAUAAAAAAUUGUUUCAAAAGUU